GGUUUCAGAGAAGCGGCGCGCCUCUCAAACGGUUCUUUUGGCGAAAUAACUAUCAAAACUCUCAUUUCUGAUCAACUGGUUAAUCGAUGAUUAUGUAGGGAAAUCGAGAGAUAGACAGCUGGGCAGACAUGUGAAGACUGAAAACAAUCUGGAUCUUACAUAUGAUUGGAGGUUGCAGUGAACGAUUUGUUGCAGAUGGAUAACCUAUACGGUAGUGUGGUAAAUAAUUGACCAUACUACCAUUACCGCUAAUAAUAAUAAUAAUCAUGGAAACCGAAGAAUUGGAAAGCGAAUUAACUCAAUCAAUUCGACCUAACUUAACUGAAUUAUUACGUAUAUGGGAUUAUGUGGGUUAUAAUAAAUUGGAACGUUCACAGCGUAUAAAACAAUUUGUUCAGAAGUUACAAACAGUUCUUUGUGAAGUUAUUAAAGAAGAGAAUUCUGCACGUCUUAUAAUGGAACAAAAAAUUGAAUUAAGACGUCGAGAAAUAGCCGAUAUGUGUCAACAGUUAGGCUUAACUCCAUUUCUACCUGAACGUGGACUUACUUCUAGUGAAUUAAUGCGGUCAUUGGAUGAAAAAGCUGAAGAGCUUAUUCAACAAAAAAGUGCUCGAUGCGAACGCUACUUUUGGCUACGUUCAAAAAUAUUACGACUUAAUACUUUACUUGAUGGAGAACUCUUGACAGAUAUUGUCAAACAGAAACUUAACACAGACUUUCAUAUCGCUUUUCCACCAAUUACUAAAUUCACUGGACAGUUAGAUUCCUCUGAUCAGAACAAUGAUAGUAAUAAUAAUAGCAAUAAUAACUGUAGUGAAGUAGGAAGUCUUGAUCCUUCACUAAUUUCUUCCAUUCAAACAUUACCAGAUCAAGAAAGUAUUGAGAAACUUACAAAAAUCCAUGAAGAACUACAAUCUAUGUAUUCGCCUUUAGCUGCUCAACAUGCCGCUCUUCGUGAAGAUAUUGCUCGUGUUGCUGCAGAUAUUCUCUAUCAACCGCAAUCAGAUAAAGAAGCUGAAAUCUUGAAAAUAGUUGGAUUGAAACAUUUAUGCAGAAAUGGUAAUUCAGCUUCAACACCUGGUGUAGUCAGACGAGCAAGUAUUACAUCCACGCCUACACCAAGUGAAAAUUCUGAUGUUACUACAAAUGGCUUAGAUAAUCAUAACAAUGAUGUCUAUGAACCUGUUGUAAAUAAAGAUAUACUUAGAUGGUUAACUGAUUGGCGAUUAAGACUUGUUAAAGAAAAGGCUCGUUUAGUUGGCACCUGUGAAGAGUUAAGAGCUUAUCUGUUACAAAUGUGGAAGAGGUUAGAUAAACCUGAAUUGGAGCAGAAAGAAUUCCUUGAUGCAAAUUCUGGCUAUAAACCUGAAACAUUAGAAGCAUUACAGGAGGAAGUUGAUCGUUGUCAACAAAUGAAAUGGGAAAAUAUGCAGACAUAUUUAAAUCGUUUAGAAAGUGAAGCAAUUCGAUUAGCUAGUCUUUGUUGUAUAGAUGAAAAAAUUAUACAAUUACCAAAUAAUUGUGAUAAACAUGAUCCAGAAGUAUUAAUUAAUCAUUUAGAAACAGUAUUGGAACAAUUGAAUCAAACUUAUUCAUUAUAUCGUCCAGUAUAUGAAUGUAUUGCUAUUUAUGAAAAUUGUUGGAAACAAUUAAUUGAUGUAGAAGCUCGACUUAAAGAUCCAUCAAUCUUUUCAAAUCGUGGUGGUAUUUUAUUAAAAACUGAAAAAGAAAAAAAACGUUUAUUCAAAGAAGUUGAACGUACUGAAAAGGAAGCAUUAUCAGCAAUUGAACAAUAUGAGAUUAAAACUUCAUCUAAUUUUAUUUUAUCAAAUGGUAAAACAUUUAUUGAACAUAUUAAUGAAAGAUGGAAUAGUUAUAAAACGCUAAAAGAGACAUCAAAAUCGCGUCGUUCAAUUGUUACUACUACUACUACUAAUAAUAAUAAUUCAACUACUAAUAAUUCUGGUAAUACAACACGUCCAACAUCAGCUAAUCUAAUGGGAUCACCUGUAGGCUAACACUUGAAUAUGUACACAAACGAAAUACAAAUAUUAGUGAAGAUUAUAUCACAACAACAUCCAACUUUGUUGUCUCAUUGUAAUAUGCAUACACUAUACAUAUAUAUACACACUCACUCCAUAUGUAUGCUUCAUUUCAUAUUCUUGUCAUGAAAGCUGUUUUUAGGCUGUGAAAGAUAUUUACAGUGUGAUACAAUGAGUGAAUGAAUGACUAAACAAACGAAUUGUUCAGUUGUAAAUUUUUUGUUUUACUUUAUAAUUUUCUUCAUCUUCAUAAUUAGUCAUCUAUUUGAAUAAGUCAAUUUCAUUGGUCAAUGUGUUCAAUGUUAUUAGUCAUACAUACAUAUAAAUAAGUCAGUUGAUUUCAUAUGAUAGAUAUUCUUUUUGUUUUCAUACUUUUAUCAUUGAUUUUUUCCAAAAAUAAACUAAGUCGAUACUUACCUCACUUACAUUUUAUUUUUGCUUGUUUUGUUUUAUUAUUACACUUAUUUUACAAAGAGAGAGAGAGCGAUUACACUCUUCAUAUAAUUUACUUAAAUAAAUAAUAAUGCUAAUAAUGACGUGGCAUCUCAGUGUGUGUGUGUGUGAAAAAGGAAAUUUUGUGCAAUAUACAGCUUUUGUUUGAACAUUAUCCUUUUGUUUACCAUUAUCAAUCAUAAAAACAAGUUUCUGUUGUGUUUUUUCUUCCCUAUCAUUGUCCCUGUUUUGUGACUUCAUAAUCUUUCCAUUUGAUGAUAACCCUUAGUCUGUUAUCCUGAUCAUCUUCUCAUUCGACUAUAUAGUUUGCCUUUUUUUUUGUUGUUGUUGAACAAUUCGGUUUGUAUACUGCUUUCUUCAUUGACAGAAUACUUUUACAAUAGGAUAUUAUUGGUUGUGGUAUUUUUGUAGACUUUGUUUCUGAUGAACAGUAGUACUUUUAAUUUUCCAUUGUUAUACUAGAUCGAAAUGGUCAACCUUUGUUAGCAUAAGGGUUCCUAUGUAGAUGUAUCGAUAUUGCAUGGUUAUUUAUUAUGUUCUAAUGUCAUUGGUGGUAGCUAGCAGUGGGAUUCAUGUUGUGCGUUUUAUCCUAGUUAGGGUUUGUCAGCCGGAUGUGCCUUCACCCCUAAUGAGUGAUAGUGUUCUCACCAACGCUAGAACUCCGCAC